CAGUUUUCAUAAGCAAACACAAUCUCUUCCCACCUUCGAUCGGUCACCCACAAACUCUUUCAGAAUGCUAGCGAUCCUUAGCAUGAAGAAGUAUUUUCUAAGUACCCUUGUUCUGAUAGGAAUUAUAGCUGGGGCCUUUCCAAGAUACACUGAGGCGCAAGAUUGUGGUUGUGCCGCAGAUGAAUGCUGCAGCAAAUGGGGCUACUGUGGCACUACUGACGAUUACUGUGGUGACGGGUGCCAACAGGGCCCUUGUUCUCCCGCUCCUGAAACUAAUAAUGUUUCGGUGUCUGAUAUUGUAACAUCGGAGUUCUUCGAUGGGAUAAUUAGCCAGGCUGAUGCGAGUUGUGCUGGAAAGAGCUUCUACUCACGAGCAGCCUUUCUUGAAGCUCUCGGUUCAUAUGAUCGAUUUGGGAGGAUUGGUUCUAUUGAUGAUUCUAAGCGCGAAAUUGCCGCCUUCUUUGGCCAUGUAACUCAUGAGACUGGACACUUUUGCUACAUAGAGGAGAUAGAUGGUCCCUCCAAGGACUACUGUGACGAGAAUAAUACAGAGUAUCCAUGCAAUCCAGAUAAAGGUUACUAUGGCCGGGGACCAAUUCAACUAUCUUGGAAUUUUAACUAUGGACCAGCAGGAAAGGCCAUUGGAUUCGACGGGUUAAACUCUCCUGAAACAGUGGCAAAUGAUGCAGUCAUUUCGUUUAAGACCGCCUUGUGGUAUUGGAUGAACUUUGUUCACUCAGUCAUAGACCAAGGGUUUGGGGCAACAAUUCGAGCCAUUAAUGGUGCCCUUGAAUGUGAUGGCGGAAACCCUGCAACAGUUCAAAGGCGUAUCGAGUAUUACACUGAAUAUUGUAACCAAUUAGGUGUUGAUCCUGGCGAAAAUCUCAGUUGCUAGCUUAAUUAAUACAGUCCUCGAUCGAUCGCCUAGCUACCCCUUAUGUGUAUGGUAUGAAAGGAAAUAAAUUAAGGUAUUAAUAAAAUUAAGUUUAUAUGAAUAUCCCAAAUCAGCUUAAAUGCUAUUAUAUAUAGUGCACGCUUGCCUUCCUUUA